UCAAUUUCAUAACUCUAACGAAACACUUCUAAAGCGAGGCUAUUCUAUAUAUUAACACAAAAACGAUUUAAAUUGCUAAACAGAUAUAUAUACAUACAUACACACAUACGUACAGCCAAAUACAUUGUCCUAUAGUAUAUUUCUUUGUUUAUAUUUUGAGUAUUUAUGUGAGUUUACUGAAAAUGUCAAUAAUUUGUCGCAAUGCCGGCAUAUCUCUCGCGCGAAUGUGUGUACUCGGUGAGAAGCAACAAAAAUUACAGCAAUACCAAAUUGUGCUGCAGUCGACAGUCAGCGAUGUCAAGAUUGAAAAUGUUGAGAACAAAUCAGCACAAAACACAUUCGAUUUGGAGUGGCAGCAAGCGCUACCUUAUAAAUCCAUGCCCAGACUGACAAGAUACCAAAUGUUUCGGGGUUUUGUGAAAGGAGGGGAAUUCGUUGAUCUCUCCGUAAACGAUUUUCUUCUUAAAUGUCGUGAACGAUUUGGUGAUAUUUAUCGCAUGGCCGGCGUUAUUGGGCAACCAGAUUCGGUAGUGCUCUUUAAUGUAGAUGACUUCGCGACGGUCUGUCGCACCGAAGGUAUUUGGCCAACUCGGCCAGGCACAGAUGCCGUCAGAUAUUACCGUAAAUCGCGAAAGGAUGGAUUUUUCAAGGAAACCAUGGGUCUGAAUGAUAACGAUGAAAAAUGGGGCAAAUUCCGACAUUUGGUAAAUCCUAUUUUGAUGCAGUCGAAAAAUGCAAAACUCUAUUUGGAGCCACUACAAAAGGUGAAUUUGGAGUUUAUAGAAAGAAUUCGCGAUAUACGUGAUCCACAGACCCUGGAAGUGCCGGAAAACUUUCUGGAAGACAUCAAUCAUCUCACCUUUGAUUCGGUUGCUGUAGUCGCAUUGGAUCAUGAAUUCGGUUUGAUACGCAAGAAUCCCGACUCAAAAGAGGCCAAGAUACUUUGCGAAAAUAUGAGCGCAUUUUUAGAGUCCAUCUUUGAUUUAGGACUCAAACCAUCAUUCUACAAAUACAUAAAGACACCUACAUAUAGACGCUUCGAAAAGUCAAUGGAUCUUAUGUUUGAUGUGACAAAUCGUUAUGUCAACGCAGCGUUGGACCGUUUAGAAAAAAAUCCCGCCAAGGAGGGGGAAGAACGAAGUGUAUUGGAAAAGUUAUUAAAAAUCAAUCGGCAGACUGCUAUCGUAAUGGCUAUGGAUAUGCUAAUGGCAGGUGUUGAUUCGUCAUCUAGUGCGAUCGCUACCAUUCUGCUAUGCAUAGCUAAAAAUCCAGAAAAACAGCUCAAACUACGCCAAGAGCUCUGUGCUGUGUUGCCACACAAAGACGACCAUUUCACUAUUGAGAAUAUGAAACAAUUGCCAUAUCUGCGCGCCUGCAUCAAGGAAGCUUUACGCCUAUAUCCCAUUGGCUUCGGCAGUUUGCGUGAAACUGGUGCUGAUCUAGUAUUGAGUGGCUAUCAGGUGCCCAAGGGGACGCCCGCGCUUAUUAUUUCGAAUAUGCUGCCAAAUGAGGAGCGUUUCUUUCCGCAUGCACGUGAAUUCAUACCGGAACGUUGGUUACGCAAACAGGAUGCAGCGACGAGUGAUAGCAAGCGCCUCACUGCAGAUAGUUUGAAUAAAUUUAUUAAUCUGCCCUUUGGGUUUGGUCCGCGUAGUUGUGUUGGCAAACGUAUUGUUGAUAUGGAAAUGGAAUUGACGUUGGGCAAUUUGGUCCGCCAAUUUCAUAUCGAAUACAACUAUCCGACUGAUAAACCUUUCAAAUAUCAUCUUAUUAGCACGCCGGCGAUUCCUUUGAAAUUUAAAUUUGUCGAUUUAGUUUAUAUUUUGAGUAUUUAUGUGAAUGUAGUGAAAAUGUCAAUAAUUUGUCGCAAUGCCGGCAUAUCUCUCGCUCGAAUGUGUGUACUCGGUGAAAAGCUACAAAACUUACAGCAAUACCAAAUAGUGCUGCAGUCGACAGCCAGCAAUGACAAGAUUGAAAAUGUUGAGAACAAAUCAGCACAAAACAUAUUCGAUUUGGAGUGGCAGCAAGCGCUACCUUACAAAUCCAUGCCCAGACUGACGAGAUACCAAAUGUUUCGGGGCUUUGUGAAAGGAGGGGAAUUCGUUGAUCUCUCCGUAAACGACUUUCUUCUUAAAUGUCGUGAACGAUUUGGUGAUAUUUAUCGCAUGGCUGGCGUUAUUGGGCAACCAGAUUCGGUAGUGCUCUUUAAUGUGGAUGACUUCGCGAAGGUCUAUCGCACCGAAGGUAUUUGGCCAACUCGGCCAGGCACAGACGCCGUCAGAUAUUACCGUGAAUCGCGAAAGGAUGGCUUUUUCAAGGAAACCAUGGGUCUGAAUGAUAACGGCGAAAAGUGGGGCAAAUUCCGACAUUUGGUAAAUCCUGUUUUGAUGCAACCGAAAAAUGCAAAACUCUAUUUGGAGCCACUACAAAAGGUGAAUUUGGAGUUUAUAGAAAGAAUUCGCGAUAUACGCGACCCACAGACCCUGGAAGUGCCGGAAAACUUUCUGGACGACAUCAAUCAUCUCGCCUUUGAUUCGGUUGCUGUAGUAGCAUUGGAUCAUGAAUUCGGUUUGAUACGCAAGAAUCCCGACUCAAAGGAGGCCAAGAUACUUUGCGAAAAUAUGAGCGCAUUUCUAGAGUCCAUCUUUGAUUUGGGAAUCAAACCAUCAUUCUACAAAUACAUAAAAACACCUACAUACAGACGUUUCGAAAAGUCAAUGGAUCUUAUGUUUGAUGUAACAAAUCGUUAUGUUAACGCAGCGUUGGACCGUUUAGAAAAAAAUCCCGCCAAGGAGGGUGAAGAACGAAGUGUAUUGGAAAAGUUAUCAAAAAUUAAUCGGCAGACUGCUAUCGUAAUGGCUAUGGAUAUGCUAAUGGCAGGUGUUGACGGGUCAUCUAGUGCGAUCGCUACCAUUCUGCUAUGCAUCGCUAAAAAUCCAGAAAAGCAGCUCAAACUACGCCAAGAGCUCUGUGCUGUGUUGCCACACAAAGACGACCAUUUCACUAUUGAGAAUAUGAAACAAUUGCCAUAUCUGCGCGCCUGCAUCAAGGAAGCAUUACGCAUAUAUCCCCUCGGCUUUGGCAGUGCCCGUGAAACUGGUGCUGAUCUAGUAUUGAGUGGCUAUCAGGUGCCCAAGGGGACGCCCGCGUUUAUUAGUUCGAAUAUGCUGCCAAAUGAGGAGCGUUAUUUUCCACGUGCACGUGAAUUCAUACCGGAACGUUGGUUACGCAAACAGGAUGCAGCGACAAGUGAUGGCAAGCGCCUCACUGCAGAUAGUUUGAAUAAAUUUAUUAAUCUGCCUUUUGGGUUUGGUCCGCGUAGUUGUGUUGGCAAACGUAUUGUGGAUAUGGAAAUGGAAUUGACAUUGGGCAAUUUGGUCCGCCAAUUUCAUAUCGAAUACAACUAUCCGACUGAUAAACCUUUCAAAUAUCAUCUUAUUAGCACGCCGGCGAUUCCUUUGAAAUUUAAAUUUGUCGAUUUAAAAUAAAGACACAAACGAUGCUUUUUAAUAACCCUACUCAAAGAUAUGUGCAUUAGAGUGCUUAAAAAAUCUGAUCUUCCUACUGGAAUCAUCAAAUCUAUUAGAUUUUGAGGGUUCUGCCAAAAUAUUUCGGAAAAAUAUUAAGAUUUAUGUAAGCUGGACUUAUU